UGCUUUGUUUUGUAUGUGGUAUGCAUUCGCGGUGGUUGGAUCGUCGUGCUGUCUUAACUAAAGUUGUUAGUAGACGUAUACUUUUAUUUACGUGGUGCGUGAUUUGACCGAAAAAGGGAAGGCGCUAGGUCGCCUACCCUAGUAGUUUUAUGUUGUGGGGGCCCUUAAAAUGGCGGAUGUAGUGCCAAUGAUUUUUUUAUAUCUCUUUUGUGUCGUUGAUCACAUCUUAAUAGCAUCAUCAGAAAAAGCCCAGCAAUUACAUCCCGCGCCAGACUUCACACGACACACAGUCAUCAAGCCUCGCAUCUACCAUGGGAGAGAAAAAAGACAAAUUUCGACGACCAAAAGCGAGGACGGAAAUUCUCACAUUCACCACUUGACAAUUAAUUAUAAUUUAAAUGGAAAAGACUGCAUUUUAGAUCUGAAUUUAAAUAAGGACCUUAUACCUAAGGGUUAUUUUCAUAAAUAUCAAAACAAUGGAUCUGACGUUGUUUAUAAACCUAACUCUGAGGACAUAGAGUUAUGCCAUUAUAAUGGAAAAAUUAGGGGUAUCAAAAAUUCGUGGGUAGCACUAUCCACAUGUCAUAAAGGGAUAGCAGGGGUUAUAUAUGAUGGCGAAGAAAUGCAUUACAUCGAAAAAGGUAAAGACAAUCAUCGUGGUCAUAUCAACGGGACCCAUUACCUUUAUAAACAUUCCGAUUUGAAGGAAAAUAAUAAGACUUGUGGAUAUGGAAACGGAAAACACAAUCACAGUCACAAAGAAUCAAACGAAUUUAAUAGAAUUUUGAGGUACAAAAGGGCAUUAGAAGAUACAAAUAUGAUAAAAGGUCCUUACAACGCAAACAAACAAUCCCGCUAUGUAGAAUUAUUGUUAGUAAUUGACAAUCGGGAAUACAAGGAAUUAGGGGAGAACACCAAAAGAAUAGAUUUGCAUUGCAAAGAUAUUGUAAAUAUUAUAAAUUCCCUCUAUGCUCCCUUGAAUAUUUUCGUGGCCCUCGUAGGGGUGGAAAUAUGGUCUGAAUAUGAUCAGAUCGAUUUAGUACUUAACGGCGACACAACACUUACAAAUUUUCUACACUACAGGAAAGAAAAAUUAAUCAAACAACACCCCAAUGAUAAUGCUCAACUUUUAACUAAAUUUAAUUUUGACAAUGGGGUCGUCGGUAAAGCGUUAAAGGGUCCAAUUUGUACAAUUGAAUAUUCCGGUGGUGUAAAUACAGACCAUUCGCCAGUCGUUGGGUUGGUUGCUACCACAGUUGCUCACGAAAUGGGACAUAAUUUUGGUAUGGAGCAUGACACUAACGUUUGCUCAUGUCCGGACGACCGUUGCAUUAUGGCGCCGUCCAGCUCGUCGGUGCCGCCGACGCACUGGUCUUCCUGUAGUUUAGAAUACUUGGCUUUGGCUUUCGAACACGGCAUGGACUACUGCUUAAGGAACAAACCAGUCGCGUUAUUCGACAGCCCAGUUUGCGGGAACGGUUUUGUCGAACCGGGAGAACAGUGCGACUGCGGUCUUCCAGAACACUGUGAUAACACCUGCUGUAACGCAUCCAGCUGCAUGUUGUACAGCAACGCCACUUGUGCCACAGGAGAAUGCUGUGAUUUAAAAACUUGUCGACCAAAAGCUGCAGGAACCCUUUGCAGAUCUGCAGAUUACGAAUGCGAUCUACCAGAGUACUGCACUGGCCAGUCCGAAUAUUGUCCGAAGGAUAUUUAUAAAAUUGAUACCGAACCAUGUGAUAAUGGAAAGGCGUAUUGCUAUCAAGGAUUCUGCAGAACGCGGUCUGAUCAAUGCAAACUGUUAUGGGGUGACACGGGGAAGUCCAGCGACGAUCAGUGCUACAAAAUGAACACCAAGGGUUCUCGUAACGGAAAUUGCGGCUAUUAUAAGUUAAAUCAAUCGUACUUCAAGUGUCGUGACGAAGACGUUUUGUGUGGAAUGCUUCACUGCAGGCAUUUGAACGAACGUUUGGAGUUUGGAAUGGAAUCUGUGGCCAUAAUUUCUCAUACGUUUAUAAACCUGAAAGGUUCGAUUAUUCCUUGUCGAACAGCUUUAGUGGAUUUGGGUAUUAACCAAGUGGAUCCUGGCUUGGCACCUGACGGUGCGAAAUGUGGAGAUGGAAAGAUGUGUGUAAAUCAACGGUGCUUAUCAGUCGAAAGUCUCAGGAAAGCAUCUCCGUCUUGUCCAAACGACUGUAAUGGAAACGGGUAUUGUAACAGUCUUGGUCACUGCCAUUGUAAAGACGGUUUUGCCCCACCUUUCUGUGAUUAUCCUGGACCAGGAGGGUCCGAAGAUAGUGGACCUGCUUCUGAUCCAAACGCUCAACGAGUUUUCGUGACUGUCAUGUUCAUAAUAUUUUUGGGUAUAAUUCCUGCCUUGGCCAUCAUCGGUUUCCUAAGCUACUACACCCGACACAAUCUGAAGCUCCUUUGGAAGAAGUCAGCAGCAAUGAAGAAACCUCCACCGAAACCCCGUGGCAUGUCACCAUUUCAAGCACCUGAAGCUACAAAACAAACGGAAGACAAUCAUUCUCUACUUCAGAACGAAUCGUCGCAAUCAUUCCAAAGUGAGUUUUUCGGUCAUUUCAAAGGCUUUUCUAUAGCGCCUGCUAAGAAAGAAGAACCAGAAGUUAUCAGGCCAGCACCCCCAGUGCCUCCAGCGAUUCCCGUUACACCCAAAGUUGCUUCUAUCCAGAAGCCGCCGCCAGCAGUUCCCAUUGCUCCAACUGUUACAAUAGUUAAAAGUCCUAAUUUGGGAAGAUCGAAAACGACAGCAGGUACAAAAAUCAGCAACACAUUAAACAAGCCAAUAGUGCGUGCACAGUCGAAUGCCAAAGCAAACAACAUAGCUACCACCAUUUCUACAAUUCAUAACACAUCAGCGGCACCUGCGUUGCCCCCUUUGAACCCCGGAGCACACCCAAGACCCAUAAUUUCUUCACCAAUUUUGGAAAACUCAACUUGUACAGCAAAAGAACUGGUUUCUCCUUUAAAAAAUGCUGCAACAAAAGUACCACUUAGACCAGCCCCUACUUCACCCGCAUCCAAUUCACGUCCACUUUCAAGUCCAGACGCUAUGCCCCUGGUAAUCGAGGAAGAAAAAAAGACAGCUAAUAAAGACAGUGCUCUGAAUCGUAUCGCUUCGUUUUUGAAAUCUGGCGAUAAAAGUAUACUCCACAGCACAGGAACAUUGCCAAGGAAGCAAGCGGUGGAAAUGAAACAGAAAAAGACACUGGACAAAAAUGUUCUACGUACAAUUGAAAUAUCUCAUCCUAUUCCCCUAAGUGAUAUUCCAUUGGCAAAAACAGCACUUCCUGUUGAAGGAGACGAAAAAGAACGAAAAGUCGUAGUUAUGCGCGCUCAAAGUAUGCGGGGGGACGCAGUAACUAAAAGACCAAAUAUUCCAAAUUUCGGAUCAAUGAGACAAGCUCAUGGAGCAAAACGACCGGUCAGUAUUCCAUCCGGCGUUCGUCCUAAAAGUCCUCCACCCCCAAGACCAAACCCUCAUCAGAAUCAAUCAGAAAAAGAGAAAACGUGUGGAAGUAAUAAAAAGUUAGUAACUUCCAACAAAAAUGCUUCUCAAAAUCAGUACGACGAUUGCUUAAAUCAGAUAACAACAUCGAGAAGCGAAGAUUCGGUUGGAAAUGACAACAUAUACGCUGUAAUCGAUGAAUCUCCCCCAAAACCGAUAGUGCCCCAUGAAAAUAACAAGAGCAGUUCAGCUUCUAGCGAAAGCGUAGGACUUUUGGGCGAGAUCGUUUCCGAAAUUCAAAAUCGCAAUUUAGAUUCUAUUUAUUCAACGUCGACUCUGGCCAGAAAGAAAAAGGAAAAGGAAGAACAGGAAAGAAACGCUUUAGAGGGUCAGGAUCAGGUAGUGGACCCUCUUGAAACAUAUGUGAAUACUGCCAGUUUAUACAAAGUACCUGACAGUUCUUAUAGCAAUAUGAACAAAUCGAGUGCUAGUUCUACUUCAAGCGGUUACAUAAACCCAUCGUCUGUUAAUCCCCCGAUUAAGGGUACGGACGACGUAAAAGAUCCGAGCAAAACUAUAACUAACAAUGUAAAAGAUGAAUUAAAAUCUUCGCCGAAAAAACCACCUGUAAUUUCGGUGAAACCCAAUAGUGUAAGUGACUCAAAAAACACUGUAGGUGCUAACGCGAAACAAACUGGAACUUCGUCCAGCAGUAGUAACAGUAAUAAUAGUGAUAGUAGCGAACAAAAAAGUUAUAAACCUUUUUCAACUAUAUUACAAAGAUCUCAAGGUCCCAUUGCAGCUUUCUACAAAAGUAAUCCGAGCCCAUCGUCUCCAAAGAAACUAAAUUUUGACAAAUCCGAGAGUGCAAACGAUAAAAAAUCGGCAACAACAAAGCCUCCAGGUCGCCAAACGACUCCUCCUAACUUACGAACGAGAAUAUCGUCGCCAACAAGGACUGCCCCAGCAACUCCCAAGAAUAACACGAAAACUUUAAAUAAUAAUAGUCCUGAUCUUGUAACAAGUUGUUCGACCAGCAGCAGAACACCAAGUGGUGGCAUUUCGAAAUCUCCAGAUGUCCUUAAUGGAGGGAACUCAACUGCCAGAAAGCCCAACAUCCCAAAUCCACCCAAGGUUGCUACGAAGAUUAACAAGUCGCUGACUGUCAGUGCCAAAUUGCCCACUGACAAGAAACCAAAAAUUAGUGAAAAUAAACCGUCUGUCGCUACUAAAGUGGUGAAACACAAUUCUGAUGCUGGCAUUGGAAAUAAGAGUAUUUCAGUUGGUGCGAAAACGGUUGCUAAACAGAAUUCAACAGUUGCCUCGUUGCAACAGAAAUUCGAAAACAAACCUGUCACAAUAGCAAAAGUUGCAGCCGCGAAAAGUAAGUGAUUUAAUUAUUUAUUAAUAGACGUUUAUAUUUCAUUUACAUUAUUGAUAUUAUUCGAGAUACUAUCCAAAAGUAGACCGACAAUGCAAUAAACCAAAAUUGCGUAGAUAGUUUAUUCCUUGACCAGGGUUUAAAAGAACAUUAUUUUUUUUUUACAGUAUUGAAGUUUUUUUUUGUAAUUAGUAAGUAUCCAUUUGUGCCUAACUAAAUUUGGUAGCAGAUUUUAGCAGCUUGUAUAGUAACUUUUUUUUACUACUUAAUUACUGUAUAAUAUGUUAGCACAUUUAAAUUUAAAAAGUAAGUGAUUUUCUGUUGGAAAAGUAAAAAAUAGAUCCUGAUAAGGAAUUAGAUAUUAAUUUAAUUAUUAUGAUUUUUGUGUGUGAUAAAAAUUAUUUUUAGUUAGAUUCCCAUCGAAGUAUCUGAAUAUAAUACUUUAGUGUUUAAGAAAAUGAAAAGUCUCGAUUUACGAAAGAAUGGGAUCAAAAAAAGUAAUUAAUUAGUUUGUUUGUGAAUUUUGUGAUAUUGUUCAUCACUAUGUUUAGUGCUUCUUUUUUGCAAACAUUUCUUUAUCAGCAAAGAUAAAUAUGUACUGAGCAUUGAUUGACUGAUUAUGAUAAAUUUGUAGGCACUCGUAUAAUUUUUAACAUUUACUAUAAAUAAUAUUAUAUUGGCAUUUAACUAGUCGUUACCAAUUAUUAAUUACACUUUAAUUUUUUGUUACUUUGACGACAAUCCACUAAUAAGGUAUAAUAAACAAAGUACUAGCUUGAACGAUAAGAA